UCAGCCAGGCUCUGGUAGAGUUUUGCUGUUUUCGCGCCAUGGACAUAGCUGCCUGCGCUUGGCUGCUUUUGCUGGUAUGUUUGGGAGGUUGCCUUUGCUUUAUUCUUUGGGCAGCUCUUUGCAAAGCCUUUUACAGCAUCAAUGGCGAAUUUGGCAAUGAGCUUGCAGUGCGGCAGUUUGGCCAGCAUGCCUUCCAUGUUGUCCUUGGUGAUUAUUCCACCAAACUUGUCUACGAAGAGAUUUUCCUCAAGAAGGUCUACUUCAAUCAUCAAAUCUCUUUAGAUCAGCAUGGGCCGCUGGUCCUGGAUGUUGGGGGAAACAUUGGAUUUUUCUCUGCCUUUGUGGCCGAGCACUACAAGGGCUCAAGGAUACACGUUUUUGAGCCGCUGCCCUUGCUAGUGAAGGCAAUUUCUCUCAACUUGGCUACUCAUGGCUGCGUUGUAUUCCAUGCGCAUGACGGCAAAACUCUUCUCAAUGACGCCCCUUUGGAGACCAGAGUUGUGGUCCACCAAACUGCGCUGGGGGAUGAAGAGACUGAGCUUUCUUUGACAUAUCAGCCUCGAAUGCUUGCCGGGAGCAGCUUAGUUCCAGAGGAGUUUCUACCAAAAGGAGUUGACAAACUUGAUUUUGUGCGUGCGAUGUAUUUGGAUAGCAUCAAGCUUGGUGCCCUUCCAACCUUUCCAGCUCGCUUCAUGUGCGAGCUGCUUGGCAUUCCCUUGCUGCGGAUUCCGGCAUUCUUUGCAUUUUUGCCUUGGAUGAUGUUCUAUCAAAUUCAGCAAAGAAUGUCUGGAUGUAAGCAAAUGACUAUGAAGACACCUGUGCGCAAGUUGUCAAAUAUGCUGAAGGAGCAAGGCCUCCACGGACAGACCAUUGACUUAUUGAAGGUGGACGUUGAAGGAGCCGAGUUGAAAGUUCUUCUGGGUAUCGAUGAUGCGACCUGGUGCUGCAUCAACCAAAUGGUGGUUGAAGUACACGAUGGAGAGGAUGGCCGCGUCGACAAGAUCAUAGAGCUUUGCAAAACAAAAGGCUUCACGAAGGUCGUCAAAGCACAGGAGGGCGACUUGGAGCUACCAAAGCUUUGCAAGAUUUUCUUGGUGUUUGCAACGAAGUGAUUUGAGACUCGCUUCGCACUGUACAGGUGGCACGUGACAUGUAUCAUAGCGAUUCAACUCAGAGACCCUGGUGGAUUGGGAACAAAAUGACCGACAUGCGUGUUCGACUCUAAGCAUAGAAGGGAGAUGUGGGAUUUCUUCCAUAGCGAGG